CUAACUCGACAAAGCAUGGUGGACAACAGCUUUGAGGUCUGCGUGCAUGAGCACAACGACAGGUCAUUUAUUCCUAAACCCGAUGAUCUUCACACUUCUUCCCCAUGGAAUGACCAAGUCUGGAGCGCUUUGGCUGCAGAUCCCCGGAAGGAGAGCGGCGCCAAUAGUCAGCAGCUUUCAAGACGACGGAGAAGAGUUUUCAAGAAGGCAAGCCCCAAUGGCAAGCUCACUGUCUACUUGGGGAAGCGGGACUUUGUGGACCACAUUGACCUCGUGGACCCUGUGGUCUACGUGACGCUGACCUGCGCCUUCCGGUAUGGCCGGGAAGACCUGGAUGUCUUGGGUUUGACUUUUCGCAAGGACCUGUUUGUGGCCAACGUGCAGUCCUUCCCACCAGCCCCCGAGGACAAGAAGCCACUGACACGGCUGCAGGAGCGGCUCAUCAAAAAACUGGGCGAGCACGCCUACCCCUUCACCUUCGAGAUCCCUCCAAACCUUCCAUGCUCAGUGACGUUGCAGCCAGGGCCUGAGGACACAGGAAAGGCCUGUGGUGUGGACUACGAAGUCAAAGCCUUCUGUGCCGAGAACCUGGAGGAGAAGAUCCACAAAAGGAAUUCAGUGCGGCUAGUCAUCCGGAAGGUUCAGUACGCCCCAGAGAGGCCUGGCCCUCAGCCCACGGCUGAGACCACCAGGCAGUUCCUUAUGUCAGAUAAGCCCCUGCACCUUGAGGCAUCUCUGGAUAAGGAGAUCUAUUACCACGGAGAACCCAUCAGCGUCAAUGUCCACGUCACCAACAACACCAACAAGACUGUGAAGAAGAUCAAAAUCUCGGUACGUCAGUAUGCAGACAUCUGUCUCUUCAACACAGCUCAGUACAAAUGCCCCGUGGCAAUGGAGGAGGCUGAUGACACGGUGGCUCCCAGUUCGACAUUCUGCAAGGUCUACACACUGACUCCCUUUCUGGCCAACAACCGAGAGAAGCGGGGCCUGGCCCUGGAUGGAAAACUCAAGCAUGAAGAUACCAAUCUGGCUUCCAGCACUCUGCUGAGGGAAGGUGCCAACCGUGAGAUCCUGGGCAUCAUCGUUUCCUACAAAGUGAAAGUGAAGCUGGUGGUGUCUCGGGGCGGUGAUGUAGCCGUGGAGCUGCCUUUUACCUUAAUGCACCCCAAGCCUAAAGAGGAGCCCCCACAUCGGGAAGUUCCAGAGAGCGAGACUCCAGUAGACACCAAUCUCAUAGAGCUUGACACCAAUGAUGACGACAUUGUAUUUGAGGACUUUGCCCGCCAGAGGCUGAAAGGCAUGAAGGACGACAAGGACGAAGAGGAGGACGGCACUGGCUCUCCACACCUCAACAACAGAUAGACUGGAGCCGGCCCUCGCCCUGGCAGCUCCAGGUCAACAUCUGCACUCGGAUGCUUUCUCGUCUCCUCCCCGUUCUGGUUCCCCCUUCCUUUUGUUCUUCCAGUUUCUCCCAAGGGGCCCCAGUGGUCUUCCGAGUCUCGGUGAUGAGCCUCUGGCCUCAGAGCUGGCCUCCCGUCACCAUGCCAGCAGGACCACAGCACAUCCCCCUCAGCCAUCUCUCUGCCAUCACCUGUCCACCGUCUCUUCAUGCUCCUUCCCAGAAAGGCCACACCACCUGGCCUUGGGAUUUGGCUUGAGUUGGGGAGCAGAAAAGGGAGGAUGUGUGGCCAGAAGGCCAAAGCGAUGGUGGGUGUGAAGACGUGGAGACGUUGGGCAAGAUGGACCAAAACACACAGGAAGAUGUCUGCCGUCCCAGGAGGUGACGGUUUGGCAGCUAAAAGAUGAGGGUAUUGCAGGCUGGAGAGGACAAGACUGUGAAUGGAUUCUCAAUGCUUUUUUUGUGGUCUAGGCCCACCAGAGACUCCUUUCCCUCCAUCCUCAUCCUUGGUCCAUGUCCCUGUGUUUCAUGAGGGAGGUACACAGACUCCAGACAUGAAGAGCAACGGACUGACUUUCUAGCCAGCGGACACCUAGAUUCAGGCAGGCUACAGAUGCACCCACACAUCUGUCACAGUACCGAUAGGAUCAGUCACCUUAGCUUUGUUGCGCUGUGUGUGGGGGCACGGAGCGGGGACGCGGGUCUCUAACAAACACCAGCCCCUAGCAGUGAGCAGAAGCCACCGAGAAGGUUGUCUGAAGGAGUUAAGAGAUGGGGCAGGGCAGGGGAUGAGCAUACAUCCUCCUUUCCUGUAGUGGCUA